AUGGGGCGCCUCAGUUAUCCUCCCCAGGUGGAUAGCCCCUCAAGACAACUCCUUCUCGAUCUCACGCGCGACCUCGAGCAAUUGAAGAUUCACAAUACGGAACUAAAGAAAGUCAAAGCCUACGAGCGUCGCUCCUUCUACGAAAGCCUCGAUCGUUUGGACAGCGAGCGCGAAGCCCAGCAUAACGCGGCCCUUGACAAAGUCGCGCAGUUACAUGACCAGGUGUUAGAAGAAGCUGAAGAGACGCUACGCGCCCAUCAACGAGCAGUUGAGGAGGAGAUUCGUCGGAAGGAGGAAGAAGCGCGACGAGAGGCGGAACGUCUGGAGAAGGAGAGACAGGAAAAACAGCGACGGGAGCAAGAGGAGGCUGCCCGUCGAGAAGCCGAGCGCAAGGCUGCCGAGGAGGCCCGGAAGAAGGCAGAGGAGGAGGCAGAGCGCAAGAGGCUAGCGGCACAAGAGGAACAGGAGCGCAAGGAACGGGAACGACGCGCGGAGGAGGAGCGCAAAAAACAAGAAGAGGCAAGGAAGGCGGAACAAGAGGCUGCAGAGCGUCGGGCAGCAGAGGCACAGGAGGCUCAGGCAGAGAGACAACGUCGGGUGGGUGGAGGCCGCUUGACGGAAGAUGAAGUCAAGAUUCACACCCGUUAUGUGGAACUUCACCAGCACUUGAAGAAGUUCCGGCAAUACCUCAAGGAUGAAAGCAAGACGAAUGCAGUCGUGAAGCAGAAUAUGGGUGAUAUUCGGCGAUCCAUCAAGAAAUGUGUUGGACAGCUCCGUGAGACUAAGGGAGGAAAUAAGACACAGAUUCAGGAAAUUCGGACAACGCUCGAAAAAGCCUCCUCUAUCGCCGAACCGUCGGUGGAUGUGCGCCAGUUUAUGGCUUUCCCUCCGGCUGAAAUCGCCAAUUCCGACGAUAACAAGGUCCCCGCGCUACUGAUUUACGCCCUCAACAUUUUUUCCAAAGCCCUCAUUGCUGGCCUCCUCCAAGAAGCCGGAAUCAACAUUGGACAUGCAGAGCCGAUCGGCAUUGUGGCCGCACAGAUUUUCUCGCUGGAUGCUUUCGUCUACAAGGGCCACCACAUGGUGGACAUCCUCUUAGCGAAAUACCGUGUCUUCUGCCCGGCGCUGUGGGGAUUUUGCGGCAACGAACAAACCGAAGGCGGGCGACGUGCCGUGGGUUGGCGGCGGGAUGGGCCGGACGGGCCUUGGCUCAGUGAACAAGCCCAUGCCGAACGCAUGACUGCUCUCGGGGCCGGCUAUGCCGCCCUCACCCUGCGCAAUUUCGGCAAAACCACACGCAAGAACCCCUUCCCUAACACCAUGUUCUGGCAAUCGAUGCACAAGAUCUUAUCCAUCCCCGUCGACCAGAUCCAAGAUACUCAUAUCACCCUCCUGACAGCUAUGCUCAAGACCUCCGCCGAGCGGGUCGUGGGUUUCUUUGGACACGUCGGACUGGCCUUGAUGAGACUGGCGAUAGUUGACCUUCCCAGCCAGCUUCCUAAAGAGACUAUGAGUGUGAAACAGCUGAAACUACUCAAGGAUCUCUACCAGCGAGAAAAGAACAUCAUCAUAUGA